GAUGCGAGGAGUAUGACAUUAAGAUUCUCUCUAAGUCAUUCCAGAGGAGGGAGUGUCUCAAAAACAGAAUGGCUUCCAGAUCAGCUUCUCCUGAGGAGGAUCUCUCCUGUCCUUUUUGCCAUGAGAUCUUCAAGGAUCCUGUGGUCCUGUCGUGUAGUCACAGUGUCUGUAAAGCCUGUCUGCAGAAAUACUGGAAACAGAGGCGAUCUCAGGAAUGUCCAGUGUGCAGGAAGAGAAGCAGAUCAAAAGGCAAUCCUCCCUGUAACCUGGUCUUAAAGAACCUGUGUGAGGCAUUCUUACAGGAGAGGAGGCGGAGAGAUUCAGGGGAGUCUGAGGAGCGCUGCAAUCUGCACAACGAGAAACUCAAGCUCUUCUGUCUGGACGAUAAACAGCCCAUCUGUGUGGUGUGUCAGACCUCAAAAACCCACAAAAAACAUGACUGCUGCCCCAUAGACGAAGCUGCACAGGAGCACAGGGAGGAACUCCAGACUGUCCUGAAGCCCUUACAGAAGAAGCUGAAGUUCUUUAAUGAAGUUAAAGAUAUCUGUGAUGAAACAGCAAAGCAUAUUAAAAGCAAGGCCCAGAGCACAGAGAUACGGAUUAGAAAGGGAUUUGAGAAGCUCCAUCAGUUUCUACCAGAGGAAGAGGAGGUGAGGAUAGCUGUUCUGAGGGAGGAAGAGGAGCAGAAGAGUCAGGUGAUGAAGGAGAAGAUUGAGGAGAUGAGCAGAGAGAUAUCAUCACUUUCAGACACAAUCAGAGCCUUCGAGGAGGAGCUGAGAGCUGAAGACAUCUCAUUCCUACAGAACUAUAAGGCCACAGUGGUAAGAACCCAGUGUACACUGCCGGAUCCACAGCUGGUCUCAGGAGCGCUGAUAGACGUGGCCAAACACCUGGGAAACCUGCAGUUCAGAGUCUGGGAGGCGAUGCAGGGCAUUGUGAAAUACAGUCCUGUCACUCUGGACCCUAACACUGCCCACCCAGGUCUCGUCCUAUCUGAGAAUCUGACCAUUGUGAAAUGCACAAAUGAGAAACAGCAGCUCCCUGAUAACCCAGAGAGGUUUGAUUACUAUGCAUGGGUCUUGGGUUCUGAGGGCUUUAACUCAGGGACACACAGCUGGGACGUUGAGGUUGGGAACAAUGCAUUCUGGUCACUGGGUGUGAUGAAAAAGUCUGUCCAGAGGAAGGGAGCAGUUAAUACUGGACACUGGCGAUUCUGGCACUUCAAAGGUAAAUACGGUGCAUUUUGCCCACCAGAAUCAACCAGUGUCCUCCCUGUGGCAAAGAAACCCAAGAGGAUCAGAGUACAGCUGGACUGGGACAGAGGAGCACUGUCAUUCUUUGACCCUGAUGAGAACACAUGUUUACACACUAUUAAACACACUUUCACUGAGAGAGUCUUUCCGUACUUGGGUAGUUACUGCAAGCUCUCCCCUCUGAGAAUCGUACCAGCGAAGGCCUCUGUAAAAGUACAGCAUAGUUAGAAUCUCUGUCUAGUGCAACAGCAUUUAUUGAUGAUGAUACGUGUGUCAAUACAUGUUGAUAGGUCAAAAAUCAUCUUACAAAUCAACUCCAUUUUAUUUUACAAUGAACAUAAAUUGUGUUUGACAGUGAAAUGUAUAGAAUGUUAAAGGUAAUUGAGCUCUAUGAGUGUAAACCCCUUGUUCUUGAUCAACCUUGUCACAGUGCACUACCACUGCCCUUCCCCUUCAUGUGAUGUUUCUGCUCAUCUUAAAAAUCUACUUGACAGUCAGUCACACUUCACUUUAUAUUCAUUGUAACAUUAUUUGGGAAGCUUAGCCAUUAGAGGCUUCUGUUCUGGAGGAUGCCAGACAGAGCGGAAUAAUAAUGAUAAUGAUUCCUAUCUGGCUCAAAGAACCAUGAAAAAGAAAGCAAUCUAGUGGUGGGUUGUCUCAGAGAGAGGUGUUGAUUCCUUUAGAACAACCAACCCAGGUACUUGGUGCUGCUACCUGCCCAUUGGUCAGUGGGACGGGUACAGAGUGUUCAUACUGUAGGCAGGUGAGCUGACCGAUGCCUGGUCAGUGAGGACUAGGUAUGUAUGAAGUGUCCUGGCAGUUGCACAGCUCUAGGUGGUUUGACCUGUUAGGAGACAGCCUGACCAGCCCUGUAGGCUUUGAACCUCAGCAGAGCAGGCCGACUCCGUCUGAGAGGAGCUAUCAAACUAAACGUGAGGUAUUCUAUCCUCCCUGUGUAUUGUAAAUGAUUUGUAAGACCUGAUGUAUGUCUUGUUAUUACCAGUUAUUCUCUAUAAUAAAAUUGGACAAAAACGGGAA